AUGUCUCAAGGUGAUCUUCCCACACAUACCGACAUGUCGGCUGUCGACGAGACCCCAGCAGCUGCUCCUGCUACCAAUGGCGCGCCGCUCAAAGACACUGUCAUCAACAGUAAGGUACGUACGCCAUCUGAAGCUCCCGUCGUCAUCACUCGGCGUCAAACUGCGGACACGGACGUCGACCAGCUAACAAUACCACAGGAUGAAUACCUCAACCUCUCCAUCCACCCUUCUAAUUCCUUCUAG